AGCCUCCUUAGAAGCUCCUCCAUGCUGCAGAGUAACACUGGCUCAGGAAUGCGCACGUUGCACAAAUUACUGUAUCUUUAUUUAAUUCAGGCUCCAUCAUAAAAGAAUCAUCAUAAAAAGAAUAUAUCUGUAAAAGGACCGUCGGUGUAUUCCUGUGAUACAAUGAUGGAGAAGGCACCAGAUACGUACGGCUGUGGUAGUAUGGACCCUGGCACUGGAUUAAACAUCCAAGGAGGAGACACAGAGGAGCCUCACCAGAGAGAAAUCCUCUCAAAUCCAGUCUCAGACUGUGGCUCAAUAUGUGAAAACAAAGACGGAGUUUCAGAUAUUGAUAUUUAUUCAUCAGAGUGGGCAAUGGAAGAAACAAUCCCUGCUUAUUACCCUACAGAGAAGCAUUGCCUUGUCCAACACAACACUGUUGACGCUUCCUCCAGAGACCCCUCAACACAAGCUGUUUCCAGUCCUAAAAAGAACUGUAAUCAAAGUGAUGCAGAACAUGUGGACUCAAAAGGAUCCCAGCAGAUCACAACCUCCAGCAAUAGCAGUAAAAGGUUUUGGGAUAAAACAAAAUGUACUUACAAGCAUUUAACUCAGAAGGAGCGGAAAAACUACAUAUGCAUUGAGUGCGGAAAGAGCUUCAUCUAUAGGUCAUAUCUGGUGGUCCAUCAAAGGACACACACAGGAGAGAGAUUAUAUGUCUGUAUUGAGUGUGGUAAAGGUUUUACUCGGAACUCUUAUCUUGUCAUUCAUAGGCGAUCCCACACUGGAGAGAAACCAUUUCCAUGCCUGGAGUGUGGAAAAAGCUUUACCAGUAAUGUAAGUUUGGUGAAGCACCAAAAAACUCACAAUGAGGUGAAGCCUUAUACUUGCAUACAUUGUGGUAGAAGCUUCACAGAUAGUUCCAACUAUGUUCGACACCAGAUAAUCCAUACUGGUGAGAAGCCGUAUGCAUGUGGCAUAUGCGGAAAAAGCUUCACUCGGAAUUCACACCUCGUGCUACAUAAGAGAACACACACAGGAGAGAGACCAUACUCCUGCUCUCACUGUGACAAAUGUUUUACUAGUAGCUCCAAUCUUGCAAGCCACCAGAAAACACAUUCUGGGAAGAAACCAUAUCUGUGUAAAGAGUGUGGAAAAAGCUUUACUCAAAAGUCUUAUCUGGAUACACACACGAGAAGCCACACUGGAGAGAAACCCUUUGUUUGUGACUGUGGAAAACGCUUUGUUGUCAGAUCUUCCCUGGUAAAACACCAGGCAAAGCACACUGGAGACCGGCCUUUCAGAUGCAAUGUGUGUGGCAAGAACUAUAUAAGAAGGUCUCACCUCAAUGCACAUAAAAAAACUCACAAAGUAGAGAAGGCGUAUGCUUGCUCUAAGUGUGAAAAGAGCUUCACAUGUAAAUCCCAAUUUCUAGUUCACUGUAAGGUUCAUAAGCGGGAGAAACCUUACCCCUGUAUAGAGUGCGGUGACUGUUUCACACGCAAUUCUGCAUUAGUAACUCAUCAGAAAACACACCAGGUGUGUCUAAAGGGUGGUGAUGAGGAUUUGGUGGAGCAGGAAGAUAUGUAGAAAUCAUUUUAAGAAUACAAGGGUGAAUGUACUACCUGUGAGAAAUUAAAAUCAAUUGUUCCUUCUAUGGCCAAAACAUGCUAAUUGCUGAGAUGUGUUAGACGGUGAAAACUGUCUGGCUGAACCCACAUCUGUUGGUUUAUUGCAUUGAAAGAUUUUGCAAAUCCCUGGCUCUGAAACCUUUGCAAGUCUUGUUAAUGGAAAUACAUUUAUAAUGUAGCUAACAAAACCCAAACAGAUCUUCUUAAUUGUGUCCAUAUUGAACCAUUCUAGACAACAAACUUUAAUGAGUAGAAUUGUAAAAACUGACCAGACAAUAAACUUAAUCAACUGAUCACUGCAUCAUAAAUAACCUAUUUAUUGGAUUCACCAAUUAUUUAAACCGCUUUUCUGAUCAUUUCGACUACAUAUUUGCACUUUACUUAACGGACUCUAGUUCACCUUACCUCAUAUUUCUGCUUGGCUUUUUAAGUGUUUAGACUUCAGCACACUAGCUGGUGAAUAAAUCUAAAGUUUACAAGCUGAACAUCUAGCUUUCUUUUGACGAUUUUACCAAACACCUUUUAAAAUGCUUUGUAACG